GUUAAAGACGGAAUUCAUCGAGAGAGUGCAACAGAGGGGUUCGGCCAUCCUCAAGGCUCGAAAGACGUCUAGUGCUCUUUCUGCUGCUAGCUCUGCUUGUGAUCACAUACAUGAUUGGGUUUUAGGAACUCCAAAGGGAACUUGGGUGUCCAUGGGAGUUUGUUCAGAUGGAUCUUAUGGCAUACCACAUGGACUCGUUUACUCUUUCCCUGUGACGUGCGACAAAGGAGAAUGGUCGAUCGUGCAAG